UGAAAACGAUAAACGGAAUGGCGACUGUGAGGCUACUUACCAUGAGCGCUGCUUUCCACCGCCACGGCGGAGCAUCGUUGCCCCCGCUGCCAUCGAGGCUACUCCGCCUCUCUAAUAGAGUUAUCCGAGCAUUCUCCUCCGCCACGUCUCCACCGUCCAAGGCUGUGGUGUAUGACGAGCAGGGCGAUCCCGACGCCGUGUGCAAAAUCAGAGAACUGCCGCCGGUUCCGAUGAAGGAUGAAGAUGUCUGCGUCAGGAUGCUCGCCGUCCCCAUCAACCCCUCCGAUAUCAAUCGAAUCCAAGGAGUGUAUCCGGUGAGGCCAGCUGUUCCUGCUGUAGGAGGAUAUGAAGGGGUAGGAGAGGUACAUUCUAUCGGUUCUGCGGUGAAGGAACUUCGUCCAGGAGACUGGGUAAUCCCUUCUCCGCCGUUUUCAGGUACAUGGCAGACGUUUGUUGUCAACAAGCAGAAUGUCUGGCACAAGAUCGAUAAACGCACUCGUAUGGAGUAUGCUGCCACUAUAACUGUGAAUCCUUUGACUGCCCUGAGAAUGCUUGAGGACUUUGUGGAUCUGAAACCAGGGGACUCUGUUGUUCAAAAUGGGGCUACAAGCAUAGUGGGGCAGUGUGUCAUUCAACUUGCACAACUUCGAGGCAUUCGGUCUAUUAACAUCAUACGUGACAGGCCAGGAUCUGAUGAAGUAAAAGAGAAACUAAAAAAACUUGGUGCUAGUGAAGUGUUCACUGAGGAUCAGCUGGCAGUUAGAAAUGUCAAAGAUCUUCUGGCUGAUAUACCAGAACCCGCAUUAGGAUUUAACUGUGUUGGUGGAAAUUCUGCUUCCCUGGUCCUUAAAUCCCUGAAACAAGGUGGAAUAAUGGUCACAUACGGAGGAAUGUCUAAGAAACCAAUAACCGUCUCCACAGGAUCUUUGAUUUUUAAGGAUUUAUCCUUGACAGGAUUCUGGUUACAGAAAUGGAUGGGUUCUGAUAAAUCAAAAGAGUGCAGGGAGAUGAUAGAUUACCUUCUAAGCCUGACCCGCAGCGGUGAACUGAAAUACGACUUGGAGCUGACACCUUUCGAUCAAUUUCCUACUGCUCUGGACAAGGCCCUUGGAAAGCUAGGAAGCCAACCCAAACAAGUGAUCAAGUUCUAGUUCAGUUGAUUAUUUGUGAUCUGCCUUCAGCAUACCCUUGUUGUCAACUGGACAUGUUGGGAGUGUUGGGAGCAACUGAACAACUUACUAAGUUGAGGGACGGGUUUGCAAAUAAGGAAGAGAAAGGGGGUUUAAGGUGUUGAAGAAGAAUCAGCUCACUUGAUCAGUUUGGGCUGAAACCGUAAGCUAUGGAGAGUAUAUAUACAUCUCUGAUUUAACUCCUUGAGUUAGUUAAUCAGAUUAGAGUUGAUUUUACACACUCUGUGAGAUUAUCGUGUUCUUCAAGAUCAUCCGAGAAUAGAGAGUUCUUGAGAAAUUGUGAUAAUUUGAGUGUGAAUUGAUUGUAUUCUUCCUAUGUAAAUUCCAUCUUCAGAGUCAGUGAAUAAAGAGGGCUCAUCUUCUCCGUGGAUGUAGGCUUUACAGCCGAACCACGUAA